CAGCCGCGCAGGACGCGACGGGGCGGGGUUUGCGUGCUAGCGUCACGGCGGCGCGGCGCGGGGCCGCCGGGAGGGAGGAUGGUGGCCGGCGCGUUCCCCAUCGCGAAGCUCCUGUACCUGGGCGUACGGCAGCUGAGUCGGCCCCUGGCCGCGCGCAUCAAGGCGGGGGCUCGCGCCAGCCCCUUUUUCCGGGCCUACGUCUGCGGGCCGCCGGCGCAGCUGUACCACUGGGUGGAGAUGCGAACCAAGAUGCGGAUCAUGGGCUUCCCCGGCGCCACCAUCAAGCCCCUGAACGAGGAGGCGGCGGCGGAGCUGGGCGCGGAGCUGCUGGGCGAAGCCAUCGUCUUCGGCGUGGGCGGCCUGUGCAUCUUCCUGGAGUACACGCGCCAGGCCUCCAACACCAGGCGGAAGGAGGAGGAGCAGAGCAGCACCCUGCUGGGCCUGCAGGAGCAGGUGGCCGAGCUGGGCCUGGCCGUGGAGACCCUGGACGCGCAGCUGCGUGAGGUGAACCGCCAGCUGCUGGACAUCUCCACCAGUGCCAAGAAAUAGGGGCCCCCCCGGGGCGGGUUGCCAAGGAGGAGCCUGGCGCGCCUGGGCCCUGCCCCCCGGUGCUGGCGUGCGGAGCUGGCUGGGGCCGGGAGGAGCCUGCGCUGGGCCAAGCGACUGAGACGCGCCCCCGUGUGGGCUCGGGGGUCCAGGCUCGCGACCCCCCUCGGCUCCCGCGGAGUCUGAGUUUUCUACAGUGUAAAUAUUCAUCCAUUAAAACCCACCUGCUGCUGA